AGAAGAAACGAUCUGGAGUUGAUAUCAUGGACAACCUUUCGAGCACUAUGCAAGGCUUUGGAUCGACCAUCGAGGCCUCCAUCACCUCGACUUCAGCUAACAUCGACAAUGCUGCCCGAUUACUUACUGAACCUGUUUCAUCUCAUGCUCAAGCAGUCAAGCUUGUUUAUGAAUCUGAUAUGAAUCGCUCUCAACGAUAUGCUGCUGUAGGUAUGUUUGGUGAGAAGCCAUUGAUGGCUGAGACUUAUCUCAACACCCCAGCUGCUGAACGGGAUGAUUGGCUUGAAUACAUCCUCAACAAACAAGAUGAAGGAUCAACUGCCUGAUUCAAAUAAAUUUUUAACCAAUUCAUUUCUAAAUAUAGUCUGAUCUUAAAUCAAAAUCAUUAAACCUUUAAAUAAAAAAAAGUGACUGUAAGAUCUUAAAUCAAAAUGAGUAAACCUUUAAAUAAAAAUAAAAGUGACUGUCUGAUCUUAAAUAAAAUUAUUAAACCUUGAAAUAAAAAAAUAGUGACUGUCUCAUCUUGAAUAAAAUUAUUAAACCUUCAAAACAUUUGUUGUUAACUACAUUUGUAUAUAUAUAUACUGAUACAGAUGUAGUAGUGGCUGUGCCUGUCUGAAUUGUUAGUGACUGCAAUGUUAUCCCAAUGUUAUCCAGUGUC